AUGACCACAUCAGUCCUCUGUUUCGUUUCAUGUUCCACAGUUCACGAGUUCGCAUACUGUGGUAGGCGCGCCGCGAACUACGUGCCUACGGAGUUUUGUACUGUCGGACAUGCAGCUGCCUUGGCUGCUCGACCAAGCUCGACCAGAAGACUCCUUGGCGACGCGACGCCGCAGGGAGCUCAGCUCGUCCGGGCUGCGCAACAUCGAACCUCCAACCUGGCGCGCUUCAACGUCUGGCUCAGGGCCUAUGUCCUGAGCCUCCUCAAAGCGCCCUCGCGCCGCUCCGCAAGAAAAGCCCUCACCGCAAAAGACCUCAACAUCUCCGCCCCCAUCGCCGUCACCCACGAAAGCCCCGUCCCCUACCUCCCGCACUCCAUUUCCGCCCAGCACCUGCCUAUCCACCAACCCACCACCACCAGCCACGCGCGCCACAGCAGCGCAGGCGCUCCCCGCCCCUUGACAAUCCACAUCCGCGAGCCCUCCAGCACAAUAGCACCCCCAGCCUCCAGCACCCCACCGCCCAGCUCCAUCCCCAGCGAUCACGAUCUCCCCGCGCGCUCCGCCUCGCCAACGUCCCCCUCCUCCAGCAAGCGCCUUAGCAAGCGCUUCAGCCAGCUCUCGACCUCCGCGCGCGAAAUCAUAACGUCCUCGCACUCCGAGUCUCCGCGCCCGGUGUCGUACUUCGCCCCCGGCUACGACGUCUCGAUUGCGGAUCUGAUGCCCAUCGCUGACGAGGUCAACCAGACGGGCCGGAACGAGGCGAAGAGGCUGAGCCAUUUGAGCGUGAUUAGUCGGAUCGAGGGGGAGGAGCGGAGGGAGAGGAGGAGGGCGAGUCGGAGGAUGAGCGCGGGCGUGGGGGCGGAGGUGUGGAGGACGGGGUCGAGGGAGUAUGCUAUGUUGUAG